GAACAAAACACUUUAAAGCACAUCAGUGACUAAAAUACAUUUUUUCUACAUCAGUGGGAAGUUUAUUAUUUAUUAUUUAUUGUUUAAUUCACCAAAUGUUGACCUUUAUUUGACCAUUUUCAGUUUCUCACAAUGUCAUUAAAAUAUGACUUAUCAAUGACAUAUUAAUGACUUAUUAAUUACAUAUUAAAUACAUAUAAAUUUCAUAUAAUUACUUAUUAAUUACAUAUUACUUACUUAUUAAUAACAUAUUAAUUACUUAUUAUUGACAUGUUACAAAUUCAACUAAGAUUUAAUUAAUUUAAGUCUCCAGAUGUUUACAGUCAGUCUCCAGAUGUUCAGUCAGUCUGCAGAUGUUCAGUCAGUCUCCAGAUGUUCAGUCAGUCUCCAGAUGUUCAGUCAGUCUGCAGAUGUUUACAGUCAGUCUCCAGAUGUUCAGUCAGUCUCCAGAUGUUCAGUCAGUCUGCAGAUGUUUACAGUCAGUCUCCAGAUGUUCAGUCAGUCUCCAGAUGUUCAGUCAGUCUGCAGAUGUUCAGUCAGUCUCCAGAUGUUCAGUCAGUCUCCAGAUGUUCAGUCAGUCUGCAGAUGUUUACAGUCAGUCUCCAGAUGUUCAGUCAGUCUCCAGAUGUUCAGUCAGUCUGCAGAUGUUUACAGUCAGUCUCCAGAUGUUCAGUCAGUCUCCAGAUGUUCAGUCAGUCUGCAGAUGUUCAGUCAGUCUCCAGAUGUUCUCAGUCUCCAGAAUAUCAGUCAGUCUCCAGAUGUUUACAGUCAGUCUCCAGGCGUUCAGUCAGUCUUCAGAUGUUCAGUCAGUCUCCAGAUGUCCACAGUCAGUCCCCAGAUGUUUACAGUCAGUCUCCAGGCGUUCAGUCAGUCUUCAGAUGUUCAGUCAGUCUCCAGAUGUCCACAGUCAGUCUCCAGAUGUCCACAGUCAGUCCCCAGAUGUUUACAGUCAGUCUCCAGAUGUUCAGUCAGUCUCCAGAUGUUCACGUCAGUCUCCAGAAUAUCAGUCAGUCCCCAGAUGUUUACAGUCACUCUCCAUACGUUCAGUCAGUCUCCAGAUGUUUACAGUCAGUCUCCAGAGGUUCAGUCAGUCUCCAGAGGUUCACUCAGUCUCCAGAAAUUCAGUCAGUCUCCAGAUGUGCGCAGUCUGUCUCCAGAUGUUUACAGUCAGUCUCCAGAUGUUCAGUCAGUCUCCAGAUGUUUACAGUCAGUCUCCAGAUGUUUACAGUCAGUCUCCAGAUGUUCACAGUCAGUCUCCAGAUGUUUACAGUCAGUCUCCAGAUGUUCAGUCAGUCUCCAGACGGUCAGUCAGUCUCCAGACGUUCAGUCAGUCUCCAGAUGUGCGCAGUCCGUCUCCAGACGUUCACUGA